AUCAUUGAAAUUCUGACAAUUAACGCUGAAAUUAUGGAAGAUAGAAAAAAGAAGCCGCGUUUUAGUGAGAAAGAAAUUGAAAUAUUAGUUCAAGGAGUUAAAGAACGUUCAGAUGUCAUCAACUCAAAAUUCAGUGACAUGAUCAGCAAUACAAAGAAAAAGCAAGCGUGGGUGGAAAUUUUGGAAUCUGUAAAUGCUGUCUCAUUCUCGAAGAGAACUGUCGACGAAAUUAAAAAGAAGUGGGAUGAUGUAAAGAGGGGUACAAAGAAGAGAGCUUCUGCCGUCCAGAAAGAACGUUGUAAAACGGGGAGUGGAAAAUUGGAGAUUAUACCUUUAAGCCCAAUGGAAGAAGAUAUUGUGUCUGUAAUGGGAGAGGAGAGAAUUUUUGGAUUCAGCUCGUAUGUAGACACCAUGAUUCCACCUGUAAGUAAGCCUAAUUUCAUUCCGUCAUUUUUGACACCAAGCAAAGCUGUUUCUGGAGAGAGUCCACCACAAGAAGUGGAAGAGGUACAGACGACUGCAGAGGGAGGCAUCAGUGAAAAAGCACCAGAAUCUGCUUUCUGUGCGAAGAAAAUGAAAAGGCGGCCUUCUCAAUAUGAGGCUGAUGAGAGCUUGAUACUACAGAGAGAACUAAUCAAGAUUCAGAGGGAAUGGCUCGAUGUGGAGAAAGAGAGACUCGGCAUCGAGAGGGAGAGGCUUCAGAUAGAGCGUCGACGCUUGGAGAUGGAUGAGCGGGCCAGGGGAUUUUCCGCCACAUGUAAUAAUUCAGAACGCAAUGCAUCGGAAUUUCAACUCUUCAACGGUGCAUUUAUGCAAAUAUGAGGAAUGUUAAUGUGCAUUUGAUAAAUCUUUUAAUUCAUAUAUCCACUGUUUUCUUUGAUUUGCAUGUACGUACAAAACAUAAAGUUCCAUUCAUUAUGAACAGCAUAUAUGUAAGAUGUAACUGGUAAAUACAAUGUAUUUUUCCAGAAAAAAGAAAUUAAACAAAUGACCAAUAAGUUCUAGACAUCGUAGUUAUAUCUCUGUUUUCUUUUUGAUCUACAAAGAAAUGCAAUAAAAUUAAAUAAUACAUACACUUGCUCCUAUUUUAAUCACU